AUGAGGAUCAUUGACCCCCAGUCUGCUGUCCUCACCAAUAUCGAGGUUCUAGCUUAUUUGACAUCCAAUCCACCCCGCCGCUCCCCGAACCCGCCAUCGAAUGCCGAUCGCCUUUGGGUUCCUAGCCCUGACCUAAGAGAUCAUAACACAGUCGUGAAAGAGAUUCACAAUUAUGUCUCUCGCAUCUCACCACACAUCCUCAAAUAUCCUCGCUCCACACCUCGCCCUUCCUCCUCGCAAUCUGCCUCUGCAGCAGCUAUGAUGGGAACCAUGCGCCCAGCAGCUGAAAGCAGCGACAUAGAUAACAACGACCCCUCCAAACCUUCAAUCCCUCCUCCUGUCAUCCCGUCUGAGCAAACACCUAUGGAUCAUGCCCUCCGUGAAUUGAUUAUGAAAUUGCAGCCCUACGGCUUGACCAAGGCGGAAGUGGUUAUGAUUCUCAAUUUGGGAGUUGGGGCUUCCAGCCCCGCGGGUCAGAACGGCGAAGAUGUUAAUGGCAAUGGAGAUGCAAUGGAGGUUGACGAGAAUGGUGUUAAUGGAGAGGGGGAAGAAGGCGAGGAGGAUUUCGGAGCGCUGGCGCUUUUUGAGUCCGUUGUUGAGGAGAGAGAAGCGCGCAUCUCGGAUGAAGAUGUGCAGAUUGUGCUGGGGAUUAUUCGAGAGGUCUUGAGUAAGAAUUAUGAUUAA